AUGAGCGAGUCUCGGCAUCAUCUUCGCUCCGUCUCGGAUUUGUACGCUGCAGACGAAAUUGAAGUAUUGUUGUUGGAAGAAAUAAGAGAUCUGGAGCCACCGCCAACGGCGUAUUCAAGGCCCGAGGACAUACAGGACUUCGAAAUUGCAGGGAGUCGAACUGGGGGAGCUAUAAGCUCCCACUCGUCGGAGCUGGAUUCACCAGGGGUACACUCAACCGUCCACUCGUGGGACUCACAUGAGAAUUACCAUGGUCCUUAUGGCCACGGUAAUCAUCGGCAUGGCUCUUCCGGAAAUGCACUGCCAUGGCCACGUGCCAGCCACUUGGUACUUGUCUGUGACAUACAGGGUCAUCUUAAAACCACCACGGGUGUCGUCAGAAUUCUCUUGCUCAUAACAUCGGCAGCAUGUUUGGCCACAUUAUGCAGUUCUGGCACAGCAAGUGUCAAUCUCUUCAUGCUGCCACUCGUCGGACGCUUAAGAUUCAUGAUAUUUGUCACUGUAUUUUGUCUCCUAGUCACAAUUCUACUUCUCUUCCUCGAUAUUACACACGUUGUUUACAUGUUCCCCCUCAAUUGGGAUAAAGUGAAUUUUUGGGUAUUCACUGGCAUCGGAGUGUCGUACACAGCUGGCAGUGGCUUGCUAGGGCUCUCGAUAUGGGAGUACCACGGUACUGGAUGGGUGCCACGUCGCACCCGUUCACAACUCACUGUGGCGGCUGGCAUAGCCGUAUCCUGUGCACUUUUCGCAUUUUUACUCUCCUGGAUACAUGGAAGAACUGGGGUGAAUUGCAAAUCACAGUCCCAUGAUCAUUCGCAGAGUCAGCUUUACAAGCCAGUGGAUUCCACGUCGUCCGGGAUGACCCUGAAAGACAAGAGUCCGAAGCCGGCGUCAGGCUGGGUGGUGAAAAGCCAAAAAACGAAGAAGAGCGUUGACACUGAGUCAAACACAACGAGUAAAGGGAACGGUAACUGCGAAAAAUACAAAUCGAGAAAGGACCACUGGGCAUCAGCGAGAGACGCCUUCCUCCCGCAGGAGGACGAAGAGGUCCAGACGAUGCAGAGGGACGAGAGUGAUCUCGAGAAGAAGAGACGAAGAAGAAGACGAGACGGAAGUGGUUCGAGUGGGAAUGGUGUUGCUGGGAAGAAAGUGGAGCCACCGACUGGGAGACGAGUGCCACAGAAGUUGCCCCUCAAGCAGAUUGAGAGGCCACAGCCACGAAGAGCUAAUGCUGGCAAAGGACCGACAGUAAAAACAUCGAGGACUAGCACUAACAGCGAUUUCCAGAGCUGUUUAGCAGCCACUGUCAAGGAGUGGGAGAUGCAGGGAGCCACUGAGGCUGAACGAGUUGACGCUGCCAAGGCCAUUGAAGUCGCCAUGUGGUCCAGUCAGUGGCGACAACCACCUGACGAUGUUCAACCGUGCUCCAGCAAAACUGUUGAUCCUUAUCCAUUCCCAUGA